UGUGGUUAAAAAAGGACAUAGAAGAGAAGGCAAGAAAUGGGGCAUUUGGUCAGUUCACCACAACCCCGCCCCCCUAAAGAACUCCGUAGUUGGUUUCCAAAUCUGCAGUGGUUUCUUGUAGACGAACGUCACUGAGCCACAACAGUAACAGAGUUCAUCUUCAGAUUUUAUACAGGCUGGUGAUCAGGAUGGCCUCCAGUUUUGUACCUGUCACGAACACAAGAAAUGGCUUCACCAUCGUGACCCAAGUGGUACCAGGAGGAACAGAGCAAUAUGGCCUCGGGGCUGGAGGCGGAGUCUCAGUUAAAAAACUUCUGGAAGGAGAGCCAAAGGCACUGGGGACUGUCCAGAUAAUGAUCGGGAUCAUGACACUCUUGUUUGGCAUUAUUAAAACGGUCUAUGUUCCACAUGUGGGUGCCUAUACUGGCGUCACCUACUGGGGAUCAUGUUUUUAUAUCACCUCAGGAUCUUUGUCUGUUGCUGCAGGCAAUAGAGCUGAUACCUGUGUGGUGAGAAGCUCCCUGGUGAUGAAUAUAAUCAGUGCUGUGACUGCAGGAGUAGCCAUUGUUCUGCUGUCAUUUGACAUGUUCUGUCAGCUAAAACGUUCACUUUAUUUCUGUUCCGAUCAAGAUUCUUAUGAAGACUACUGUGAAAUGUUGUCAGGUGGAAUCAGUGGAGUUCUCCUGGUGUUCUCUCUGCUCGAGUUCAUCAUCUCCAUCUGCACUUCUGUGUUUACCUACAAAGCCACCCACUGUGCUGGAGCUCCGAUCAGUCAGAUGCUGAGCCCCAGGCCUUUCUACCAUCCUGGUCCCGCCCAAGUGCCACAGAGUUCCUACUCCUCCACAACAGAAGUGCUCCAUGCCAGCCGUUACAUGCACUGCACUCAGCAAGUCACAGCUCACACCAUCAAGUCUAGAGCUACUGGGGGCAACAGCAGCAGCACUUCUUUCAGCCGCCUUCUACUUUCUCUGUUGUUCACUGCAUUGUCGAUGUCAGUGAGGGUGCUGUUCAUGUGCAUCACCCAAGGCCCCCAGGGAUCCUCCACUGGCACUUGUGCUGGUGUUCAGUUGCUCCUAAGCUCCGGGGGGCUUCAGGGAGUUUCUACUCUCAGAGAUCCGAAAGCACUGGGGCUUGUGUUCAGGAUGGCCAGCCAUGUUAUACCUGUUGAAAAUGCAGGAAACGGCUUCACCAUCUUCACCCAUGUGAUCCCACCACAAACAGCUCCAGGGGGGCUCCAGGAAGUUUCCACUCUCAGAGAGCCGAAAGCACUGGGGACUGUCCAGAUACUGAUUGGGAUCAUGACCUAUUUGUUUGGGAUUGUGUCAGCAGUCCACUUUGACACUGUGUCUGGCUACAGUAACAUCAGCCGCUGGGGAUCAAUGAUCUAUAUCAGCUCUGGUGCUCUGACGGUUGCUGCAGCAAACCAGCCUCAUCCGUUUGUGGUGAGAAGCUCCCUGGUGAUGAAUAUAAUCAGUGCUGUGGCUGCAGGAGUAGCCAUCGUUCUGCUGUCUAUCGACAUGUGUCCUUUUUUGCAUUACCACUUUAACUUUCAGGCACUGUCUUAUGGUGUUUGGAGUGUGUCGCGUGGAAUCAGUGGAGUGCUGCUGGUUUUCUCUGUGCUUCAGUUCAUUGUCUCCAUCUUCACUUCUGUAUUCGCCUGCAAAGCCACCUGCACUGCCUGCUGUGCUGGAGCGCCGGCCGUGUUUAUCAUCAGCAAUCCUGAAACACAAUCUGGCUGA